UAUUUUUGGUGGUGGAUCGAUCGGAGCUAGGCCUGAGCUAGUAUAGCGGCCGGCAUCUCUCUCUCUCUCUCUCUCCAACCUUUAUUUUGCAAGCACGUACAUAGAUGUCGGUCCCGGACUACUCCACCUCCACCGGCGGCGCCAUCAUCGUCUCCUGCGCCUCCGUCGCCAAGCUGAAGCCGCAGCGCAACAGCAAGCGACGUCGACACCACUGCUCGUCGCCCGCUGCUUCAUCUUCCUCCUCACACAGUAGCAGCACCACCACACAGAAAGAGGAGGAGGAAGACGAGGACAUGGCUAGAUGCCUCAUCCUCCUCGCCCAGGGCCCCCCCGCCGCCGCCGCCGUUGAGCCAGCAAGAGUAAUGCCGGCACCGGCACCCCCCAGCAGGCCAAAGAGCACGAGCCGCAGAGCCGCCGCUGAGGCCGGAGGUGGCGUGUGCGUGUCGUACGAGUGCAAGACGUGCAACAAGUGCUUCCCCUCCUUCCAGGCCCUCGGCGGCCACCGCACCAGCCACAACAAUGAUAAGAAGCAGCAGCCGCCGCCGCCGCGACGGCCGGAGGAGGCGGCUGCUGCUGCUGUCACCACCACGCUUAGCCUGCGCACAGCUGCAGCGGCGACGAGGCCGGCGCACGAGUGCUCGUCAUGCGGCGCGGUGUUCGCGUCCGGGCAGGCGCUCGGUGGGCACAUGAGGCGCCACCGGCCGCUCACCACCAGCUCGUCGGCCGCGGCGGCGCCCGAGAGCGUGGUCACCGCCACGGGGACGACGGGGGACCAAGACAGUAGCAAGCUGCUGCAGGAGGGCAACAUCAACCUGGAGCUGGACCUCAACCUGCUGCCGGCGCCGUCGACGGAGCAGGAGGUGACAUCCCCGGCAAAGCCGCCGUGCCAUGCACCAGCAGUUCAGCUGAUGCAUGCUUUGACUCGCCACUAGCUAGCUAGCCACCGAACGAUCAUAUCCAUGGCUGCUGACGUACGCUGACUCCAAUUGACGACAUGGGGAGGGACGAGGGAGGAAGCCAAGAUAAUUAACUCCUGUAAUUAUAAUACUUUUUGGUAUUUAUAAAUUACUACCUCUGUCCCCAAAAACUUCAUUUUAGUUUUAUCCUAAGUCAAACUAUCUAAAGUUUGAUCAAAUUUAUACGCUCGAACAUUAAUGUUCAUUUUACCAAAUAAAUAUCAUUGGAUUCAUCAUGCAA